ACUCCUCCAUUGCUCUGCAGCACGAGGACAGUGCUCCCCUUCCCACAAAGACAAACAGAACGCCGCGAGCACCGAGCAGAUACCUCUCUACACGCGCUCACGCACGCUCCACAGCUCCGCCAGACAAACCAAGUGCGCAAGCAAGCACAGCUCCAGGCACCACACGGGGGAGGAGAGGAGAAGCAAUGGGGAGGGCUCCGUGCUGCGAGAAGAUGGGCCUCAAGAAGGGGCCGUGGACGCCCGAGGAGGACAAGGUCCUCGUCGCCCACAUCCAGCGCUUUGGCCACGGCAACUGGCGCGCGCUGCCCAGGCAAGCCGGGCUGCUGCGGUGCGGCAAGAGCUGCCGGCUCCGGUGGAUCAACUACCUGCGUCCCGACAUCAAGCGCGGCAACUUCACCAAGGAGGAGGAGGACACCAUCAUCCAGCUCCACCAGCUGCUCGGCAACCGGUGGUCCGCCAUCGCCGCCAGGCUGCCGGGGCGGACGGACAACGAGAUCAAGAACGUCUGGCACACGCACCUCAAGAAGCGGCUCGAGCCCACCAAGCAGGAGGGCGCCAACAAGAAGCACAGGCUGGGGGCACCGAAGCGCGGCGGCGUGAGGAGGAUGCCCGACGUCCCGGCCACCACCGCGCCGGUGUCGCCUGAACUGACGGCCUCGUCGACGGUGACCGAGUCAUCGUCGAUGACCGAGCAAGGCAACACGGGGAGCUCCGGGUUAGCCAAGGAGGAGAGCUUCACCUCCUCGGAGGAGUUCCAGAUCGACGAGAGCUUCUGGUCGGAGACGCUGUCGAUGCCGCUGGACAGUUUUGACGUCGCCAUGGAGCUCUCCGACGAGUUCGGCAGCGCGCCUACCGCGUCGUCGGGCGCCGCCGACGACAUGGACUUCUGGCUCAGAGUGUUCAUGGAGUCCGGCGACGUGCAAGAAUUGACGCAAGUUUAGAGAGAGUUUUCACAUUCUGGGCUAAUUGACCGUUCUUUUUCUCUCUGUGUUAUCUUGCAUCGGAGGGGACAUAACUAACAGAGAAGAGUGUCCACGAGGAAAUUAGGCAGAAAGAACGCCAUGCACCAAGCAACUUUGAUCGAUCUUGUUUACCUUCUUGUAUAGAAAUGGAAGAGAUCAGUGAUCGAAACCGAAGCGUCCUGAGAAUUCCUUUGCACGAUGUGCAGAUAUCUAUGUACAAUAGAGAUCUCCCGAAAAUGGACUCUGCUUCUCCAAAUUGGUUGAUUAAAUUUAUCUUGUAUGGUACUCGUGUCGUGUUCGGUUAUGAAAUCACAAUGCUGAAGUAGUGUACGGAUUUUUGUCC